AUGUUACAUCUCAAGACGCGACUGCUGCUUCUGGCUGCCAUCUCACUCUCAACUUCGUGUCUAGCGAAAUACUCGAUGGUCACGCCGAAUCCCCUCUCAAGUAUUGAUAGUCACCACAUCUCCACCAAGAGGCUUUUGAGGGCGGGCAAGACCUCAUACUACGACUUAGACGAGGAGAGGGGGGUAUCCGGUGUCAGUGUAGAAUCACUAUCCAACUCGCUGAAGUCAACUACCAAUGAACAGCUCAUGUCGUGGCUUAAUGGAGGAAAGAACGCAGAUGACGUCUUCAAGCUGCUCACACUCGAUGAUGCAGCCGAAACUCUCUUAGCAAGCCCUCAGUUGCAAGCUUGGAUCAAGUUCAUGAAAAAAUUUAAUACGGAGAACCCGAAGCAGCAAACAACAUUAAUCAAGACUCUCACUUCGCAUUACGGCGACGACGGUGUAGCCAAGAUAAUCGAAGCAGCGAAGCAGGUCCCAGCCACAGCGACUAUCGCGAAGCGAUUACAGACCGAGCAAACUCAACGUUGGAUCGCUUACGAGAAGUCCCCAGACGUCGUGUUCAAGCUACUGAAGCUUAACAACGCGGGAGAUAAGCUGUUCAAGCAGCCUCAGGUGGUUACUUGGGCGAAGUAUGUGGACGCUUUCAACAAGGCUCACCCUGAGCAAAAGACGACUCUGUUUUCAAUGUUAAAGAAAUACGACGAGCAAACUCUGGUGGAUAUGCUGAUCGCUGCGCAGAAGGUUCCAGCUACGGAGAAAAUUGCAGUGCGAGUCCAGGCUGACCUGACGAACGCGUGGCUGUCAAUACAGAAAUCCCCCAACGCUAUCUUCAAGCUGCUAAAGCUGGACAUGGGCGGAGAUGCUCUCCUGGAGAGCCCGCUCUUUGUUGCAUGGACGAAAUACACGGACUACUACAAUUUGAUGUAUCACAAGGAAACAUUCCCCGUGAUUUCGACCUUGACGAAGAAUUACCCGAAUGAUAAGCUGGCAAGUAUACUUGCUCUAGCGAGCAUGAACCCGAGCACAGAGAGCUUGGCGAGUCAAUUGCAGCGUGAGCUACUUGAAAACUGGUAUAAGCAAGGAAAUGCCCCGAGUUACGUCUUCAAACGACUGCAGCUCGACAAAACAGGGGAAAGGCUUUUUGAUAGUCCAAUUCUCGAUACUUGGAGGCAGUACGUCGACUACUUCAGGCGAAGAAAACCGAAGCAGAAAGUGAACAUGCUCGCGAUCUUGAAGGAGCACUACAAAGACGAUGGUGUUCUAGCAAAGAUGCUCGUUGAGGCAAGCGAGGUCUCCAGCACGAAGACAAUGGCUACUGACUUACUGGAUGCUUUCACGCUCCGUUGGAUGUACAACAGAGAAAGCCCCACCAAUGUUUAUCAAUGGCUUCGUGUGGAGGGGACGUCGAAGGACAAUGCGAUCAGGAAGAUGUAUGAAAACUACGACCAGCUGUACCAGAUGAAGUAUGCCUAA